UUGCAGGUGCACGCUGUCAUCUGCACUAUCAAGUGCGCUUCGUGGAAGGAAAAAGGGAAAUUUUUGAUCGGUCGGUCACCUACAACCAUUCCGUACUCUUACGCUUAUCCGUGUAAUCUAACUAAAACGAGAAAUAUGCUGGGAAAAGAGCAUACAGUGCCAUUUGUGUAGAAAUAGUGUAAAGUGAAGCUGAUCAGUGCGGGAAGAAGCAUCGCGACAGUUACGAGUGUACGCUUGUUGUGAUAAAACUGCAACCCAACCCGGACACCCACAGUGCAUUUGCAUUGAAUGCUGCUGCAAUAGCUUGUAGCUAUGUGGGGAUGUUUGUAGAAACUUCCUGUUGCUUCAAGUUUGCCAUUUAUUGCACGUGAGGAAAUGUACCGCGCUUUGCGGAGCUACAAACAUCGUGGAACAUAUUAAAUGGUGACUCAGCGAAUUUGUUGACAGGGUUACGUCACCGAGUAUGAAAGAACGUCGUUGUUUAAGCUAGUGGCCCCUCAAGCGUGUUCCAGUGUUCGGUGACGAAGGAGGCCACAAUAUUUUGUGGACAGUACAUUAUAGAUUUGUUACCGAUUGCACACGUUUAACAGUUAACAAAAAAUGGAUUUGCAGCCCGCUGAUAUAAUAGCUGACGAAGACGUGCAGCUAGUGAUGCAAAGGAGUAAACAAGCAGCGACGCAGGUCAAGUCGUACGGCUUGAAACGUAUCAGCGACGAGCCCAUCGGAUAUCUGGCCGAUCACCUCAUUCUAGUUGUCGUUGUUGACGAGAAAUUGGCGCACAAGAAGGAACAGCAAGAAGACUACGAAAGUACCUGUACAACAAACGAUACAACUGUUGCUGCAUCUGGCCGUCAAGAAAUGUCCUUCUUCAUUAAGAUGUUACCGGAGAGCAACCCCAAACUGGCUGAGUACAUAGAGGAGAUGCAUUGUUUCGAAAAAGAAAUUUUCGUAUACAACAAGCUGCUUCCGGAGCUAGCGCAGCACUGCGAUGGCAUUGGAAACGUGGUACCCAACACCUAUCUGACGAAACCAGCAAAAAUGAUUGUGUUUGAAGACUUGAGGCGGCAAGGAUACGGGAUGAUGGCCGAUAGAGGGGCAGGUCUACUAAACCAGGCACACAUCGAAAUGGCCUUACGGACAAUCGCAAAACUACACGCAAUGUCCUUAAUAUAUGAGGAACGAACUAAAACAACUCUGACGGAAGCAGCGGCAAAGCUGUCGGAAAGCGCGCCGAGCUUGCUGAAAGAAAAUGUGUAUAUCAAUAGCGAUACGUACGUGCGAACAACAAAUCUUGAAAACUGUAUUCAAGUUAUGUGCGAAGUAGCGAAAAGGAUUGAAAAAUAUCGCAAUUCGGAGCAGCUAGAAUUCAUUCUCCAACGUAUUCCAGUAACGGUGCGCCGUAUUUAUGAGCUCGCCAAACCAUCGACCGUUUUCCGUAAUGUGCUAAACCACGGCGAUUUGUGGUGUAACAACAUUUUGUUCAAGUAUGAAAACAACGCGAGCGGGACAAAAACAGGGCGGCCGAUCGAUGCAAAAUUAGUUGAUUUUCAGUUCUCACGAAUCGCCCCACCUGCGUAUGAUGUGAUGGCUCUUAUUAUGAUAUCGACGUUAAGCAGCUUUCGCGAUCCUCUCCUAGAAGAGUGGAAGGAUGUGUACUACAGCAGCUUGGCUGCGCAUUUAGCCGUCAACCAGCUGGAAGUGGAAGACGUUUUGCCAAAAUCACAGUUUUUGGAAUCCUGCACUCAUUACCAUUUGGCGGGAUUGAUCGAAAGCUGUAUGUACUUCCACUGGCCACCAGAAUCAGAUUGUUAUGAGCGAGACGAAACUACGGAGGAUGAGUUUGAUUGUAAAAACAAUUCGACCGUGUUCGUGCGCGCCAGUAUACGUGGGUUUGAGAAGUAUGAACAGUAUCGCACACGUAUCAGUGAUAUGAUCACACAAAUUGUAGACAAAUACGUGUUAGAGCAAUAAAUCAUUACGUUUGUAUGAUCCCGAUACUGACAAUAGCAAAACACAAUUAGAGGCUUUGGGUAGAUCAUAUUCGAGUUUUGCAUAAAAUAGUGAAAAUAAUGUGUUGCCUAUGUGUCGUAAAAAUAUUGUAAUAUUAUAUAUAAUGUGAAUAUAUAUGCACCAAAAUCGUUACACAAA